GUUGAUACGCAGCUUUCACUCCUUAAAGUUUGACACCGCGGUGUCAGUCUGGAAAAAAUAGACUUUUAAUGCGAAUAUUAAAUGCAAUCGGAUUUGGCAAACCAGAACGCAACGAAAGUGCACAUUUUCAUUCAUGCAUUUUUAUUUUAUUUUAGUUCCGGCGCACUGCGCAGUCACAGAUAAGCACUCUGUACUUUAAGUACGCGGGAGGAUUUUGUUUUCUACUUGGGAACGAAAGCUGGAUUAACAGAUGAACUGCAAUGGCUAACUAACGUGUUGUUCUGUGGGACUACUGCGUAGGGUCGGGUCCGUCAGAAACUCUUGAGAUGAAGAUGCUGCUGUGUGGAUGCUGGAGGAGAUGUGUUGCCAUGAGUUUCAGACUGCUCUUCCUUCUUCCCGCAGGUCUGCCCGUCCGCAGUCAAGGAGAAUCUCAGUCCGAUAACAAACAGAUAGACAAUAUCACCGUCAGACAAGGGGAGACGGUCUUCCUCAGUUGCUCACAAGGGGACUUUGUUUCACGCACGGCGUGGCUGAACAGAUCGAGUAUACUGUACGCUGGAGAGGAUAAGUGGUCCGUGGACCCCCGGGUGAGCUUGGUGGGUCUGAACCAAGACGAGUUCACCAUCAAGAUCGAAGAUGUGGACUUGAUGGACGAGGGACAGUACAUCUGCGCAGUGCAGACGCGAAGCAGACCUCGAACCACGUCUGUCCACGUCAUCGUUCAGGUUCCUCCAAAGAUUGUCAACUUGUCGAAGGACCUGGUGGUGAAUGAAGGCUCUAACGUUACUCUGAUGUGUCUGGCGAAUGGCAAACCAGAACCUGUCAUUAUGUGGAGAAUGUUAUCAGCUUCAGAUGACAGCCUGAGCUCAGACACAGAGGUUCUGGAGAUUCCCUUUAUCACCAGACAGAGAGCGGGAACCUACGAGUGCUCGGCCGCCAACGACAUCGCUGUGGACGUGCAGACGGUCGAGCUCACUGUCAACUACCCUCCCAGCGUUUCAGAUGGCAGGGAUGUUGGUAUGACCCUGGGUCAGCGGGGUGUCCUGCUGUGUGAGGCAGAUGCUGUACCUCAGGCAGAUAUUGAGUGGUACAGGGAUGACAGGAGGAUCUUCAAUGACUUAGAUGGCAUUGAGAUUGAGGAUGCCGGAGCAAUUUCAAAGCUGACAUUCUUCAACGUGUCAGAGACGGACUACGGCAAUUACACUUGUGUUGCCAUCAACAAACUCGGCAGUGCCAACACGAGCAUCGUCCUGUAUGAAAUAAUUGAACCCACUAGUUCGACGCUAUUGCAAGGACCCGGAGCAGUUCAGGACGGCAACAGCGGGACAUCAACAGUGUUCACACCCACUUGUCUACUUCUCAUCCUUCUCCUACAACUCCUGCUAAAGUUUUGAUGGUGAAGUGGCUUUCUUUGGAGGAAAUUUGCGUGACAUCGCUUGUCAUUCACAUCUGGAGUCUCGAAUCAUGCAUGGGUUACCAAAAAUGCCCGCAGAGUGCAUGGGGUACCCAAGCACAUCCAUUUAAUAAAAAUAAUCAAGCUUUUUUAGGUCAUUCUAGAGUUUAAAACGUAACUGCUUCUUAUCACACUGUUUCGCCCCGGAGAAUGCAGUUUUGUAUUCACUAAAAACAAAGUACAGAGAGGCAUGUCUAAUCUUAAAUAUUUCAUUUAUUUUUGUGAUUGUCACUUUAAUUUGACUCCGUAACCCCUUAAGAACUCAUAGAACAACACAUAGACGUGUUGAUAGGAAAGUCAUUAUUUCCACUCAAAGGCAUGCGAUAACAAGGGCAUAUGUCUCUGUUUUUGGAUUGUCGCUUUAUUGUAUUAUAACUGUACAGUCAAAUCAAAAUAAGCAGCAAAAAGACACAAAUACACAGCUCUUUAAUGUACUUGUACACAGUAUGUAAUAUACUUUGAGCUCUAUUUUAAUAUUUAACACACAAAAAACUGAAAACAGGAUUUUGUGGUACAUAUCGCUUCGGUUUUCUUUUACUGGGACUAUGCAGAACCAUUCAAACACUCACUGAAAUAAUACUUUAAACCACGAUGAAAUAGACGAUGUAGUAAGUUGGAAAAACAGGGCACUUGGUGCUUUUUCCAGGCGCAAAGUUAUCAGACCCAACGAGAGUAUCCAAAGAAUUCCCCCCACACGGUCCUUUCGAUUUUGAAGUAUUGUAUAUUUAUCUAACAAGUGUGAUGACCAUGGUUGUCUAUUAAAAAAUAAUAUGUUUUUAUGUAGAUCCUACAUAAAAAUUUAUAUUUGAGUUGGUACCAAGUUUUCAUGCAGAAAAAAUAAUCUUUUUGCAGUUUCUCUUUGUAGUUCCUGCUAACAUCAAUGUAUAUGCAUCUAUAACUUGUACAAAGGGAAAAUAUGCACCGUUGUUUUUACUAAAAUUGUGAACCUGUUUAAUACAUUAUGAUGCAGCGUUUUAUAUUUUUGUUAUUCCCUGCUUCUGAAGCUGUGUAAUUUAUUUCUCUCGAGGUGUAUCGUGGGUUCUGGGUUAGGUAGAUACCAGAUGAAAUAUUACUGCAGUUACUUGUGAAAUCUGAUGUCUAAAUAUUGUGUUUUCGGAAUAAGAUGAGGCUGAUCUGCCUGUCAUCAUCUCUUGACAUGAGCGUCCUCAUACAUCUGUAUUUCGACAGCGUGAGAUUGGAUUUUUAAAAAUUUGUCAAACUUAUCACAAUGUGUGAAGUCACUUCUAAUGAGUUGUGUUUUGUUGUAAAUUUUGAUGAGAUAUGUGCCCACUUGUCUCACGUUUUUCUUUGAAGAUCAUACAGAAAACAGUUUGUCAUAAGUGCUCUGGAUUUAAAGCACAAGAUGUAUGUAAGUGAAAAGGGUUUGUAAUGUCUGCGCAGUUUAAUGGGUCUAAGUUAUGGAUGCUUUCCCUGAUGUUGUAUUCUUUAGCAUUCCAGUCUAUUUUUUAUGGAUGUCGGGACCACAAAACAAAAAGUCUUUAUAUUCCAUUAAUGUCAAGCGAAAUCCUUCUGAUUUUAAUGUAUAAUCUAGAGCUCCAUCUAGAUCUAUACAAAUGCACCGUAUUUUCUGGAACACAGGAACAACGUUUUUCUGUGCGUGGCCGAUUUAUAUGUCGCACAAAAACUGGCUUUAAUUCUUCAGACUCCUUCUCCCAACCUUUACAACAUCCAGCCAGGAGAGGUUCACCUUACUCUGCUGUACUCUCAUGGUUCCCGGACGAGGAACGAAAUAAAAUGUAUUUUAACUCCUUGUAUUGUAAAAAACGAUCAUUACGUCUUUGUGUUUUCUUUAAUGGAGAUGGUGUGUUCAUAUUUAAGACUUACAAUAAAAAAUGUUCUAUCUAAACAGUA